AGCGCUCUACCUCCUACCUCCUUCAAGAGCGUCUGAUUCCAGUUAGAUGAACGAGGGGCGGACGGGAAAGCAGGCGGCUCCCAGAACCAGCGACGGGACCUUUCCGUCUCAGAAGGGCUGAGGAUCGGAGGCGACUCCGGGGGCGAAGCUAACGCCAGCCGAGGAGAACUUCCGACGGAAAAGAAAUCGCCGCCCCGGGCUCCAACUCCAGCAUCAUGAACACCUCCCGGCCUCAGUUCCACUUCUCCGGAGGCUAUCAGCCCCAUGACUCCCACGAGUGGAGACGGGUCAUUCCGGCUCUCUUAGCAGCCAUCUGCCUGCUGGGUUUCACGGGAAACCUGUGCGUGAUUUGCACCCUCCUCUACGGCGCUCGGAAAAAGAAACCUUCCAUGAUCCACUCCCUAAUCCUGAACCUGAGCGCGGCCGACCUCUCGCUCCUGCUGUUCUCAGCCCCCUUCCGGGCAGCGGUGUAUUCCAGGGGGGCUUGGAACCUGAGUUGGUUUGCGUGCAAGUCGGCGGACUGGUUCGCCCACACGUGCAUGGUGGCCAAGAGCCUGACCACGGCCGUGGUGGCCAGAGUGUGCUUCCUGUACGCCAGGAACCCGGCCAAACAGGGACACCUCAACCAGGGCACCGUCUGGGCGGUGCUGCUGGCCAUCUGGGGGACGGCGGCCCUCUUGCCCCUGCCGGAAUGGUUCUUCACCACCUUCAGGCACGAAGCGGGGGUGGGAGUGUGCGUCAUGGACGUGCCGGCCCCGGCUCAAAGGUUCGUGUACGUAUUUGGUAAGCUCUACCCGCUCCUCGCCUUUGGCUUCCCUCUGCUCUUCUCCGGCUUUUACUUCUGGAAGGCUUACGGUCAGUGCCGGCGUCGGGGAACCAAGACCCAGAACCUGAGGAACCAGAUGCGGUCCAGGCGGCUGACGGUGAUGCUGCUGAGCGUCACCGUGACCGCCGCGAUCCUGUGGCUCCCAGAAUGGUCCGCUUGGCUCUGGGUUUGGAAUCUCAGGGAGGGAAGUCCUGCCCCACCCCAAGGCCUCAUAGCCCUGUGUCAAGUGUCCAUGUUUGCCAUUUCGGCUGCGGACCCCCUCAUCUUUCUAGUGAUGUCGGAGGAGUUCAAAGAAGGCUUCAAAAGUCUGUGGAAAUGGCUGACGUCGAAAAGAGCCUUACCGGUCCCGGGGUCCCCGGCCGCGGUCCAGGCGGGUCGCCCUCAGGUCCUCCCGGACGCCGGCCCACCUCCGGACUCCGGGCUGCCCAACUCGGAGAGAGAGAAACCGGAGUGUCUCCCCAAAGAGGAAAGCGUAGAGAAGAAGGAGAACCCCGUCCUUCCAGACGUAGAACAAUUCUGGCACGAGAGGGACUCGGGCCCUUCUGCUCAAGAUAACGACCCGAUCCCUUGGGAACACGAAGAGCAAGAGACAGUAGGUAGCGAGAAAUAGAACUGUGAUUACGAAAGGAAGGUAAAGUUUCACCCUGUAAAAUAGGUUCGUUAUAUUGUCCACUGCGGCGUCAUGUAUCCAUUUUGCCAAAGAUUGUAUCUAUAAAAAAAAAAAACAACAAAAAAAACUUCAAGCGACAUGUAAAGUGUUGCUGGAUACGUUUUAACAGGUGUGAUGAUCUUGCCCUCUGUAUACUCAAGAAAUGUCUCUUCUCCUGUUUUUCCCUUUGUUCCCGGUAAUAAGCAAGGCAAAAUCACCGUGAUGCUCAUUUCGAAAAAUGUCUCUGAGAAAUGUUUUAAAUAUUUACCUAGAGAAUUAAAUGUCAUUUUCAGUUUGCAUAACCAACACUCCAACUGCCAUUUCAGACCUGAAAAGAUCGAUUUCACUUAAUCCUAGAAAAUACAAUUAGCAUCUGCCUGGCAAAAAGCGGGAGGACUAGGAACUCUGCUGAUUGAUUUUUUUUAACUCUUUCAAAGUCACGGUUGCAGUUGCUUUUCCUUAAAUACUGCUUAAAGUCCUUUGAGGAAAAUCUCGCCCUUUAUGACUAUUAUAUUGGUCUUAAUAUCAGUAUCAUUUGCUCCCCCAACCGUCCAGCCACUUCCCCUAAUUGAACAAUGCCACCUGAUUUCAAUCUAGCUAAUGGGGCCGCCAUGCCCAGCGGGAAGCGGCCUUUGAUAAAAAAAAAAAAAAAAAGCAAGUGCUUGAGAACCGUUUCUCCACUGCAACCUUUUCCUCUGGGGAAGUAUAAGAGGACCCCAUUAAAGAUUCCCCUGAGCCCUUCAUCCCAUUCCCCGGGACUUGGUUUGGCUGGAAGCCAAGACCUCCUUGGAAAUGGAAAACAUUUCCUUGAGAAUCUAAGGGCUCUUCCCAUCCUGAAAGAGUGUCCAUCCAUAGUCCCAGUUCUUGGGCAGAUUUUUCCUGGCUCUUGAGCUGUUUGUCGUGAGGAUAAUGGCAGCAGAGACAGACCAAACGGCCCAAGGGACCUGGACCUAUACACACGAGGAGAGAUAUUUCAAAAGAGACUGAAUCACCGCGGGCAGGGAAUUUGUGUUUACUGUUGUAUUGUACUCUCCCAAGCACUUAGUACAGUGCUCUGCAAACAGUAUUCGCGCUCAAUAAAAACGACUGAGUGAAGAAACUGGGAGACCGCCACACUGUUUUAGCCCUUCCUUGUUAAUAGCACAUCACGCUGGGGCCGACAGAGUAGGUUUUCUCCGCUCACAGAAGUAAGGCACACGCGAAACAGGAUCUCUUCUCCUAACACUCGAAUAGG